UGCCCCACCCAGGCGUCCACCAGGGUCCUGGACUCGAAACCUCUCGGCCUUGCGGAAUAUUGGGCUUUUGUCACCCCCGCACCACCGCAUGUGGCUCUUGGAGAAAGCUGGCUACAAAGUGGGGACCCCGGAUCUCGGGGCCCGCUGGGCCCCCUCCGGCCUGUUUCCUAAGCGCCGCGCCCGGGAUUCGCCCGCCCGCGCCUGCCCCAACGUCCUCACCCCGGACCGCAUCCCGCAGUUCUUCAUCCCGCCGCGGCUCCCGGACCCCGGCGGCGCCGAGCCCCCGACGGGGCGCGCAGCGGGCGCGCGCGGCCUGCCCGCGUCCUGCUCGCUGCCGCACCUGGCGGGCCGCGAGGGCUGGGCCUUCCUCCCCGAGAGCCCGCACACGCGCCGGCGCGAGUCCCUGUUCCACGCGCCGCCCGAGCCCGCGGGGGCGCUCCUCGCGGCGCAGGGCCGGCUGCACGUCUCCACCCCGGACCUGCGCCUCUGCCGGGCCCCCGACGGCGACGCGGCCUCGUCGCCCGACUCGUCGCCCUUCGGCUCGCCGCGCCCGGGCGCCGGCCGGCCCAGGCCGCGCUCGCUGUCGCCGGAGGAGGCCGGCUCGGCCGACACCAGCCCCUGCGCGCCGCGCCGCGCGGGCCCGCGCGCCCCGCCGCUCUUCCACCUGGACUUCCUGUGCCGCCCGCUGCGGCCCGCCAAGGAGAGCGUGCUGCGCCUCGCGCCCCGCGGCCAGCUGCGCCUCAGCGCCGAGUACCAGGCCGCGCCCGGCCGGCUGCGGCUGCGCCUGGUGAGCGCCGAGGGCCUGCCCCGGCCGCGCGCGGGCCCCGGGAGCGGCGGCGGCGGCUGCUGCGUGGUGCUCCGGCUGCGGCCGCCCGUCCGGCCGCGGGGCCAGCGGAGCCGCGUGGUCAAAUGCAGCGCCAACCCCAUCUUCAACGAGGACUUCUUCUUUGACGGGCUCGGCCCGCCAGACCUGGCCGUCCGCAGCCUGAGGGCCAAGGUUUUGGACCGGGGCGCAGGGUUCCGCAGGGACGUGCUGCUGGGCGAGUGUGAGACGCCCCUUCUCGCCCUGCUGCCCCCCUUGGGCGGGGGGCUAGGUGCGGGGGCCUCCCUGAUGCCUACCCACCUCAGCCUGUAGACAGGCUGUGUCUCUCUCAGGAGGGCUCUCCAGCGGGCCUGCAGGCCUUAGUCUUUCCAUCUGCCCAGCAUGUAUUUAUUUUUGUUAAUAAAAUGCCCGUGUCUGGAGGGGUGGCUUCUGUUGUUGGUUCCCUGCCUUCUCUCCGCCCUGGCCA